AUGGCGUAUAUCGAUGCGUUGGUGUUUGCCAGUGGAAGUGCUACGCAGUCAGGUAUAAAUACAGUCGACAUCAACACUAUCAAGCUUUAUCAGCAAAUUGUGAUAUAUAUUGUGCCCUUGGUUACAACCCCGAUAUUUAUCAACACAUUCGUCGUUUUUGUAAGACUGUACUGGUUUGAAAAGCGCUUCGAGAAUAUUGUCGCACUUAGCCGACAACCCUCAAGAGCUAAGACUGGUCGCUCAACAGGCACUCUGUUCUCACCCACAGAAGAUGUUGAUCGUGAGGAACGCGGUGUCCGUGGCCGCGAAAUCAAGGUUCUCCAUAGCGAAUCCCGUGCACCGUCUCCAGACAAGCCAACCCCGGGGGUUGAGGCAGAACGUACUUCUACAGAAACCACCCAAGUUACUCCAGACUUUUCUACGUUUACGCAAGAGGGGUUCUCACCUAUGGAUUUGCGGAGCUCGUUUAUGGAACAACAACAAGGGAGGGAUCGCACGCCUAGUCGAGGGUCCUCCUCAACCGAAGGGUAUGAAUUGAGAUCUAAAAUGGGGAAUAGUGGCAAUGAACUUAUGGAUGGUGAUAGGCCCCAGAGGAACCAAGAAAAUGGAAACAUCCAAUUCGUUAACCUUCCAUCACCGCAGCCCAGAACAAAUGAUCUGGGAAGCAUAAGUGCUCCCCAUAUUGCUUUCGCAGAGAAUCGACGUGCCCCGAGUUCCGGAAAAGCGCUAAGAAUUCCCGGCCCGAGAGAGUUUGAGCAGGGUGAUCGUGCACACGAGGUUGAUGAGGAUGAUGAUGCGAAUACGCUCCACCGUGCUCGCACUACCGGUGAUACGGAUUAUGGACGCUCGGGUGCAUACGACAUUCCUGCGUCCCGGACUAUCUCUUUAGGAAAUGCUGCCACAAACGGAUCCAAUAAUAUGCGUAUGCGUCGCGUCUCCACUACGGUUGACCGAUUCUUGCCCCGUGCUUCGACGGUUGAACGUGUAAUGACUAGUGCUUUUGCUAUGGGCCCCCACCCCCGAAAACGAAAUAUGAGCCCGCUUUCACGGUUCUCUAGAAAAGCAGCCAAGGAACCCCCGGUUAUGCCAUACCUGAGUUAUCAGCCGACAUUGGGAAGGAAUUCAAAUUUCGUGGAUUUGACUGAUGAACAGAGGGACGAAUUGGGGGGUAUCGAGUACAGGAGUUUGAAGUUACUGGCAAGAGUAUUGGUGGGAUACUAUGUGUUCUUCCAUCUCUUUGGGAUCGUUUGCUUUAUCCCCUGGAUUAAUACCGUGACCCGUUACAAGGACUAUGUCAAAUCUGUUGGUGUGAAUCCGACCUGGUGGGCGAUCUACACCUCCCAGACGGCGUUCAGUGAUCUAGGAUUCACACUCACUCCCGACUCCAUGGUGUCGUUCCAGCAGGCAACUUUCAUCCUAAUCGUCAUGGCCUUCCUCAUUGUAAUUGGCAACACCGGGUUUCCCUGUCUUCUCCGUCUUAUUAUAUGGCUUGGCUUCAAGAUCUGCCCGAAAGGCUCUUCAUAUCGCGAGUGCCUCAACUUUCUUCUCGAUCACCCCCGCCGUUGCUUCACGCUCCUCUUCCCCUCGGGCACAACCUGGAUGCUCUUCUGGAUGCUUGUUUUUCUCAAUGUCUCCGAUGUGAUUCUCUUCAUUGUCCUAGACCUUAAAGAUAAAGACGUCACCGAAAUCCCUGUUGGUUCUCGUAUCAUGGGCGCCAUAUUCCAAGCCGCGAGCACAAGAACCGCAGGAACUAGUGUUGUCAACCUCGCAGAACUCCACCCUGCCAUCCAGGUCAGCUAUAUGGUCAUGAUGUACAUCUCCGUCUUUCCCAUCGCCAUCUCUGUCCGUAAAACCAAUGUCUACGAAGAAAGCUCUCUUGGUAUUUAUGCCAACGGCGACGAGGAAGACGAGGCCGCGAAUGGUAAGACCAGCUUCGUCGGCGCACAUUUGCGGAAACAGUUAUCCUUCGAUUUGUGGUACAUCUUCCUUGGGCUCUUCAUCAUCACAAUUGCAGAGGGUAGCCAUAUUGAGAAUAAUAGUGACUACGCAUUCACGACAUUCGCAAUCCUAUUCGAGGUCGUCUCAGCCUACGGUACCGUUGGACUGUCCCUAGGCUACCCCGGAUUUAACACCGCUUUCACUGGCCAAUUUUCUGUCGUUUCCAAGCUCGUCAUCGUCGCCAUGCAGAUACGUGGGCGUCAUCGUGGUCUUCCCUACGAGCUUGACCGCGCCAUCCUUCUACCAAGCGAGAGCCUCCAUAAGAACGAAGCAGCAGAUGCGCAGAAGCGCGCGUUGAGACGGAGAGGUAGUUCGUUCAGUCAGGUUGGACGGCCGAUGACGGGGAACAGAAGCUUUGUGAGCCAGGCUAUAGCCGAUGAUUAG